UACUAUCAAAUAUGACCGUUGAUUCAAAUAAAUGGACCGCACCACCAGAAACUAAAUAUCCACUCGAUUGGGCCGACUUGAAUGUUAUCGAUUUGAGUAAGUUUGAUGAUGCUGAAGGACGGUUGCAGUUGGUUGAAGAUCUUCGUCGGGCUGUUCAAGAUGAUGGAUUCUGGGCAGUGAUAGGCAGUGGGAUCUCACAAGAUGAAAUUAAUGAUCAAUUCGCUUUGGGGAAGGAAUUUUUUGAUAAUUACUCUCUUGAAGAUAAACUGAGCCAAAAAGUGGAUUUUGCAGCUGGAAAUUAUUUUGGUUACAAGCCUUAUCACGACCAAACAGUUUUUGGAACCGAUGUGAGAGAUAACAUCGAGACUCUUAAUAUUGCCAAGUUUACUAAAGGUGGAGAAUUUGAACAUUUAUACAAACAAACAUUUAUUCACGAUGAAAGAGAAAAGCUUGAAUUUAUAUCUAGAAGAGCAUGGGAAGUGGUUAGAAAGCUUCUUGUAUUGUUUGCUUUAAUUUUGGAGCUUGAUGAAAACUAUUUUGUAGAUAGACACUUAUAUGAUGAACCAAGUGAUGAUCAUCUUCGUUUCAUCAAAUAUCACCCUAGGAGUGAAGAAGACGAUCUUAAAGUGGACAAUGUAUGGAAUAGGGGACACACUGACUUUGGAAGUUUGACCUUGUUAUAUAACCAAGUUGUAGCUGGACUACAAAUUCAGCUUUCUGAUGGCCUGUGGAAAUAUGUCAAGCCAGUAACUGGUGGUAUAAUCUGUAACAUUGGUGAUACUCUUUCAUUUUGGAGUGGUGGAUACUUCAAAUCUACUGUGCAUAGAGUUCUCAGACCUCCUCCCGACCAAGUAAAUUUGCCAAGAAUUGGAACCUUUUACUUUGUACGCCCAUCUAGUCAGAUCGAAGUUGCCGAUUCACCAUUAUUGAAGAGAUUGGGAUUAUAUCGUAAGGUAGAGCCAAUGAACGGAACAGACUAUGUUAGACACAGAGUCAAGAAUUAUCAUGAUCAUACUGAUUAUGGCAGAAAGACCAACGAUACAUUCAAACACGGAGAGUUUGAAAUUAAAGAUGGAUAUUGAGUUCAAAGAUGUAUAUAACAUUAAGCAGAAAUAAAAUAUAUGCC